AAAGAAUCAAUUGCUGGUCACAAAUGUUUGGUUAAAAUUGGAAUGGAACGACAUGAAUUUACGUUGGAACACAUCAGACUAUGGCGGCAUCAAAGAUUUACGCAUACCGCCACAUCGGAUAUGGAAGCCGGAUGUGCUGAUGUACAACAGUGCCGAUGAGGGUUUCGAUGGUACAUAUCAAACGAAUGUUGUGGUACGGAAUAACGGUUCAUGUCUCUAUGUGCCACCGGGCAUAUUCAAGUCGACAUGCAAAAUCGACAUAACAUGGUUUCCGUUCGACGAUCAGCGAUGCGAAAUGAAAUUUGGCAGUUGGACAUAUGAUGGAUUUCAGCUGGAUUUACAAUUACAAGAUGAAACUGGCGGUGAUAUCAGCAGUUACGUGCUCAACGGCGAGUGGGAACUACUGGGUGUUCCCGGCAAACGCAAUGAAAUCUACUAUAACUGCUGUCCGGAACCAUAUAUCGAUAUAACAUUUGCCAUUAUAAUACGACGACGAACGUUAUAUUAUUUUUUUAAUUUAAUUAUACCCUGUGUACUGAUAGCAUCGAUGGCUUUAUUAGGUUUUACACUGCCACCCGAUUCGGGAGAAAAAUUGUCAUUGG